GCUAUUCUCGCGAUUUUCGCCGUCCUCACAGAACCGUAAACAAACAGAUGGUCGUUAUUUCAGGAAGGGCCAAAUCAGACCAUCACAGUGAGCGGUUUCCGAUACAGAUCGAUACGUUACGGGAAGGAACUUUAAGGAAACUAAUCGCCGUGAUACAGUGAGCACGCUUGUAAUAAAGCGAGACGCGGGUAAUUUACGAGACUAGCAUCACAAGUGCUAAUCCAGCUAGCAGACUUUCCUGUGUACAGUCUUCAGCCAGUAUAAAUUAUAAUGGUGUAUAUGGGGACUGGACUGGGUGUAUUGGUCUUUGUCGUCUUCUGCACUCUGAUGCCCUCUCCUGGACAUGCGUAUAUCUACGCUCAUUACAGUAAUGCCUCAAUGCUGUUUGAAGAUAUGCCUGCUCUCUUUGGUCCUUCUCUCCCAACGGAUGGAGUUAAGGGUGUGCUCAUUGAAGCUCAACCUCACAACGCCUGUACCCCCAUAGAUCCUCCUCCUGUAUCCCCAACACCCUCAGAUCCUAACAGCACUACACAUUACAUCGUCCUCAUUCGCCGCUUUGAAUGUAACUUUGAUAUCAAGGUACUACACGCACAGCAGGCUGGUUUUAGUGCAGCCAUUGUGCACAACGUGAACUCGAAUUCACUGCUUAGUAUGAACUAUAGCAAUGACACUAUUGCUGAUGAGAUCCAUAUUCCCUCUGUGUUCACGAGCUUCUACGCCUCUGAAAUACUGCACACCUUUAUCAUGCCAGAGAAAGGGGCUUACGUGAUUCUCAAACCAGAGUUCUCCUUCCCUAUCUCGUAUUAUCUCAUUCCCUUCACCGGAGUGGUGGGCAUGAUCAUCCUCGUCAUGGUUAUUAUACUGAUCGUGAGGUGUGUUCAGCACAGGAAGAGACUCCGGAAAAACAGACUCUCCAAGGAGCAGCUGAAGAAGAUUCCCACUCACAAGUUUGUUAAAGGUGAUAACUAUGACGUUUGUGCCAUUUGCCUGGAUGAAUAUGAAGAAGGGGACAAAUUGAGAGUUCUGCCAUGUUCACACGCUUACCACUGCAGGUGUGUGGACCCCUGGCUUACCAAAACGAAGAAAACCUGCCCCGUGUGUAAGCAGAGGGUAACCCGUUCCAACCCGGAGUACUCCGAAUCCUCAGAUUCCGAAGAAGAGACGGCGCCACGGCAAGCUGAAGAGGAAGGAACAAUAAGCGAGGCAGAUUCUGAACGCACGCCCCUGCUUCGUCCCUCUUACCCUGGGUCCCCUUCCUCUUCCUCCACCCCCACCCCGCCUCCCAAUUACUCCUCCACUGUAGCGACCGCUGCACAGUGCCUGCAGCAGACCCCGCAGCACGACUUGCCCGUCGUGGGCUAUGAUGGAUACUACUCGCCUAUAGAGGACACAGACAAAGGUACUGAGAAUGAGGAGGGUCACCCAACAGAUAAUGACACCACAGAGCUUAUUGGAAGAGGUGCUGUGGAAGUUUAAGAGGUAUUGGGGAGGAAUUGAUUAAACCCUUUAUCUCGGCCGCUCUGGGUGUUACUGGGUUGUGUUUUUUCGCAACAAAUAAAUGUUUUACGCAGUUAGGAGCUGAAUCAGUUCAAAUUAACGCCCAGCUCCGAUAUCACUGUGACCCGUAAUACUUUUUAGGUAGCUAGUGUGACUGUGUGAGCGACACUACAUUGCAGAUGUGCAACAAAUUUAUAGUUUCACAUUGAAGUAUUUUUCCAAAAUUGAGCCCAUGUUCAAAUAGAGGUUUAACGCAAUAUUAAUCUAAUACGCAGUUAUUUAGUCACAAUCAUGUUGUUUCAAAUCUCAAACACAAAGGGAGACAUUUUUUGCCCUUACGUUUUUGCUAUUUAAACAUCGGCAUUGUCUCGAUCCUACACGGGACCAACCAAUAAUGUUUGGUAUCAUUGUUUUAAUACCUACCAUAAUGUGACAUGUCUAGUUUGAAUAUGCAGAAGCACGGCAAAAUGUUGAGAAGCGGAAAUCAGUAAAUCCACUUAAAUAGCAAUGUUGAUGUGAGUAAUAAGCUUAGAUUUCUUUUUUUUUUUUUGGUGAGCCAUUCCUUUAAGUUGGUGGUUUUUCUGGUCACCAUUAAGUGCAAUAUGGACAGGCUACCAAUUUGUAAGUCCAGAGUUUUAUUUCCUGUACAUAAAGAAAUCACACAAAGACCACUGCAGACGUCUGAGUUUAACCAAUUAAUUUUAAUGGUCUUUUUUAUUAACUUGUGCAUUAGUCAGAUCCUCACCAACAAAGUCACAGACCGUCACACUAUGUUUCAUAUAGACGUUUACCAUACUAGCUGCUUUUACUUUGCUUUAUUCACACACUGACAGUGUAUAGACUUAAUGGCAAUGUUAUACUUCUUCUAUUCAUUUUUUACAGUCAUGUUUGAUUUUAUGUUUCAUCACAAGUAAAUAAGAAAACUUUUUUGUAUGAACUAAAAGAACCUGUGCCUAUUUUUCCCCCAUUCAUCAUGUAAAUCAGCUAUAUGUAUUCAUUGAGUUCUACAUACUAAAAGACUUUAUUCAAGAUUGAUUUAAGACUGUACUAUUGAUGCACUUUGUGCCAUAAAGUCAAUUUUACUUCUU